GUUUCAUGUGUCCUUACUUAGGAAGUAUGUCCCCGACCCGAGUCACAUCAUUAAUCCCGAACCAAUUCAACUCCGGGAGGAUCUUACUUAUGAUGAGCACCCGAUCCGCAUUUUAGAUUCCAAGGAGAGGAUAAUGUGGAGAAGGACCAUUCGUUUUGUUAAGGUCCUCUGGAACAACCAUUCGGUUAAAGAAGCUACUUGGGAGUUGGAAUCCAAGAUGAGGCAGGAACAUCCGCACCUCUUCCAAGAUUGAGGUAUGAGUUUAGGGGACUAAACUCCUUUUUAGGAGGGGUGGAUGUAAUACCCCAAAAUUUUCAAGCAUAUUAAGUUGAGUUAGGGACCUAAUGGUGAAGAAACAUUAUUAAUGGACCUAAUUGCCAAAUUUUCAAACUUCAAAGGGGUUAAACUCUUAUUGGAUAAGGCCGGCUGACUCAUUUCUUUUUUUUCUUUUUCUUCUUUCUUUCUUUCUUCCCAGCCACUUUCGCGUCUGCUCUAUUUUCUUAUCCCUGCAGCCGAACACCACCAGCCUUCACCACCGCCUACUCCUUUUGGAAACUUGGAAUUUCGGAUCUGCUGUCUUCUCUCUUCCCUGCCGCCGGCCAUAGCUUGGUCUGAGUUCGGUUUUCCUGGUAAAAUCAGCCAUGAAUUCCCUUCUUUUUCAACCUUGGUGUGUGUGGGUUUACUCUAAUUCUCCUUUCUUCAAUUGCUAGAAGUCUGCGUGAAGCCCCCUGCAAUUUUUCCCGUCGGCACCUCCUCAUCCCGCCAGCUCCAGCUUGCUUGUUGAGCAUUUUUGGUCCUUGAUUGCCCUGUGGUCUUAGCACUUGGAUUAGGCCUUCUGUUCUGCGUGACUAAGGUAGUGAGACCCAACGCGUGGGAAGCCCGGGGGAGUGACGAGCUAGACGGCUAGGCAUGUUUGGAGUUAGUUCUGUAGCUAGGCCGUUAGUCACCCAUGCUGACUUAGGACUUUUGUGUACAGAACUUAUGUUUCGAGCCUUGUGCACUGUGGGACCCGUUCCCGAGUGCACGGCGUCUGUUUCGCUCUCGGUUUGGGGCGUGACAUAUGGAUUGAUCCAUCGACAAGCAAUUGUUUUAUUCAAAUGUGAUUGGUUUAUUGAAAUACAUGCAAAAGCUGAUGUUGGGGAGGGGACUGGGGAAGAGGAUGAAGAAGGAGAAUGGGAAGAUUUUGAGACAUCAGAAGAAGAAAACAUAGAAACAUAUGUUGAGGAGAAUGAUAGUAGUGAUGAUUCUCACUACACGGAGGCUGUUGAAUCCACCCAACCGCUGCAACGUCCAAAUCCAUUUGAUCCCCAAAGACGAGUUCAGGAGGAGAUUCCUACUGAUGUGGUUCUGGAGACUCCAGCUUCAGAUCCUAAUAUACAAGCUGAGUCUUCCAGUGAUGAGGAUACACCUGUGGCUACCCCCCAGUCAGACGAUAGAUUGUGGUCCAGUUGUGGGAGAAUCUCCCAAAUGCUUACACAUCGUGGGGACAGGAUCAAGUUCAAGCAUGCACUUAGUGAGUUGAAAGCUAAGUGUGCAAAGAGAAGCUUUCAAGUUAAGCCUCCAGAUAUGAAUCUAGAGUUAUGGGCGAGACUUGUUUAUUUAUGGACUAAGCAACAAGCAAACCCCGAAGGUUGUCCACCGACAUUUCCUAAGGUCUAUACCAAUAGAAGGCAGCACAAAGGAAAAGGAAAAGACCAACUACCUAUAUAUUGUAAUGAUGAGGCUCAAGAAACUGGAGAAAAAUUGACAGCUAAAUAUGCUGCUAGGCAAAAGGAAGAAGGAUUUGACCCUAUAAUAGCUCAUGGUGAGUUAUUACUUAGAGCAACUGGUGGGAUCAAGAAAGGAUGGUUGAAAAGUUUGGAUAUUCACACACAUCCACAGGAUAUAGGUAUCGGUCCGUAUAUACAUGGACAACCCAACACAGCCUCAGUGGUUUUACAACGAUUCUAUCUCGCGCCAUCGUUAGAUGAUUUCAGGCAAGGAAUCGAUGGUUUCGGGGUUCCAAGAGACUGUAGUGUCGAUGUUUAUACAAUUGGUUUUUGUAAGAACGGAUUUGGGGCACAAGAAGAUGGUGUGAGCACAUCUAAAUGGCAACCAUUCAGGCCACCCAUUAUAGGACAGUCUAAUAGGGUUAUCGAAUUAGAGCAGACUGUUGAAUCAUUGAAGGAAGAUAAUAAUAGCCUUCGACAAUCACAGAUGACCAUUAUGGCAGACACUGAGAGCCUACGACAGCAACAGUUGACCCUUGCUGCCCAGAUGCAAACUCUACCACCAUUUAGGGAUAAACCCAGCGGAUACCAGUGGGACAGUCACCCUUAGGAUAGCUCGAGAUAUUUAGGCUUUUUAUAUUUCAAUUAAAUAUUUGUAUUUACUUUAUAUUUGUAGUAGACAUUGGAGACUUAUAUAUUUAAAGUAAAUUAAUAAAAUUUUCUAGCAUUU